ACUUGACAUGUCAAUGACAGGCCUCAGGUGGCAGGUGCUUUUUCUGUUACAAAUACAAUAGUGUACCUUAACCUCGACCUUAACUAUACUUUAUUUUCCUCAGAGGAGGUGCACAAUGGUUGAGAGUUGCCAAGAUGAGUUGGAACACGUGAAAGAUGACAACGAGUGUCUCGUUACCUCAGACAGUGAAAACACCAGUAUGUCCCUCAAUGAGGUUGUGUGUGUUGUUGCAGCAGAAAAGUAUGCCGUAAAGGAACGUCGUUGUAAACUUACUGCUGGGAGGCACAGUGAUAUGCGUGCACGUUAUUGGUCAUACUUAUUUGAUAAUCUUCAUCGUGCCGUGGAUGAAAUAUACUGCACCUGUGAAACUGAUGAAAGUAUUGUGGAGUGUGAAGAAGUAGUCAUGACUUUGGAGGUUUGUAAGAAAGAUUUUGAAGCACUGAUCAAGCGAUUUGAAGUCCAAAGAGCAUUUGAAAGACAAGAAAGACCUCCUAGUGUAACAUGGGAAGUUCGAUGCUCACCUAGUAAAGCUAAGCAAACUUCUUAUGUGGACUUUAUUGAACAGUCAGUGCAACAUCAAAGACGUAGUUCUAGUAGUCCUGGAAUUGAUUUAUCAUUGUCCCCUAAAACCCAGUGCAUUGAACUAGAUAAAACUAGAUUGACUGAUGCCAAUAUUGAACUCAUAGAUGAACCUCCUUUAUAUAAUUCACAGUUGAAUGAGUGUCAAGGGACUCCUCCUCCCCCUUCUCUGGAUGAUAUAGAUGAAUACAUAUAUACUGUAAAUCAUCAUAAGACUGUAUCUUGGGCUGAUAGAAGUGAAUCACCACCUUCUCCUCAUCAUCGAGAUUCUCGUUCACCAGGAAGAGCUGUUCAGUUACAUCAAAAGUUAUCAUCUCCAUUACGUAAGCGUUCGUUAGCUGAGUCUAUUAAAAUAUCUGAAGAAAAACAACACAAAGCCCAGCAAAUUAGGGAUAAAUUGAAUGAGGAGAGGGUGCAGAGAUCACGAGUUAUCUCAGACAAGAUAAGGAUUGUUCGUGAGCACCAAUUCUCUAGGACUGUUGAGCACAGAGAAGCUAUUGAAGGCCGAAUGGUUGAAGCAGAGAAACGAAGAGAAGUGCGUCUUCAAGAAAUUAUUCGUAAAGCUCAAGAAGAAGAUGCCAAAGUUAAUGAAAUUGCUUUCAUAAAUUCCUUAGAAGCUCAGAAUAAAAAGAUGGAAGUAUUUGAGAAGCACCAGGUCAUUGAAGCUCGGUUGCAAGAUAUUGAGGAGGAAAGAUUAAAGAAAAAAGAAGAGAAUAUUGCAAAAGAAGAAGCAGCUCAUGAACGAAGACGCAUUAAGGAAGCUGAAAGACAGGCAAAGUUAAAGGAAUUGAAUCAGCGACGUCGAGAGCAAGAAGCAAAAAUAGAGCAGAUGAAAGUAGAAAAAGAAAAGCAACGCGAAGAAAUAGCUAAAGAGAGAGAGCGACGUCUUGAAGCACAUCAUGCAGCCCAACGAUUUUUAUCUGAAGAAAUGGGUAGAAGAAUACAACUUAAACAAGACAAAUCUUCUAAACUUUAUGACCAGCAGCUUGAACAAAAAAAAGAAAGAGCAAUGGCUAUAUCAUUGUAUCGUAAUGCAUCGAGUGAUUAUGCUCCUAGGGUUGAAGCAUAUCAACGAAAGAAGUGGUGUAGUGUCUGCAAUGUAAAGAUAAUAUCUGAAGUGUAUUUAAUGAGUCACUUGCGGGGGAAAAGGCAUAAGGAAUCACUGCAGUUGAAAGGACUUUCAGAUCAAACUGACGAUGUAUUAUCAGUAAUAGUACUUGCACCUGAAGAAUUCCAAGCUCAAAAUAUAAGCACUGAAGUACAGGAAAGAUUAAAAACUGGCAAGAAAAGAGCCAGAAAGAUACGCCAGAGAUUAUCUACUGGAUUGAAAGAUUUAGAUAGUUUUACCUAUAGUUCACUUGCCAGUGGAGUUAUUUCAAGACACCAGUCAAAGUUCACUAAAUCAAUCAAAGAAAUGAAUCAAGUUUUAGAUGCAUUUAGUCGACAAAAAGUGUGGGAUGUCCAAGUGGUAUCACAGUUAGAAAGACUAUUAGGAGAUCUUAAUAGAAUUAUUGGGAAUAGAAAUAAAGAUGAUCAACUGUUGUUCUGUCAUUUGGGUGGUUUAGCCUCACUGUCUAGACUUCUUCUCUUCUAUACUGAUCCUUCAACUGCUUCAUCAUUACCAUUAAAGCCUCUUUUACUGGCUCUUAAUUCAAUGGAGUUAACUUGCAUUGAGCACAUUUCGAACUCACAGUAUUUCAUUCUUUCGAAAAAAUUCACUUUGUUGGUUGAUUUAAUAUCGCAUUAUUUUGAUAGUUCUCAACAAAAGUCAGACAUAAUGGUUGCAUUACUGAACAAAGGAAAGGAAAAGUCUCGACAUGUUACUUGGACCAGCAUUUGUGGUACUGCUUUUGGCUUGAUUGCUGUUGUCAUCAGUUGUUCCAUUCGGGGUAAUAUUGAUCACAAGAUUAUGCGAGAUUGUGUUGCAUACAUUGUCUGUACUGGAUUGAUUGACCGGCUUGCAGAAUGCUUUAGAGCAAUAACUGGGCCAUUUGAUGACCCUGUUGUGUCACAAUUGGUGUUAUCUGGUUUAAAUACAAUCACUGCUUGCACGGCAUGCCUGCACUUUGAUGUGAAAGAUGUCUUUAGUGGCAAAUAUGAUGACUUUACUCAACUUGUGUGUACACUUCGUCAAACUGAUUUAGCAGGUAUUAUUUCUCUUGUAUAUGCUUUAUUACUUCAUGAUGGACCACCUCGUCAUUCCUCUGUUCCCCCUUUUCUUCCAUCGUAUAUACUUUCUAUUACUACUGCUGCUAUCAAAGCAAUUAACAACUCAGCUAUAUUGGCUCUGAAUGUGGUACAAAAUUGUCUUAGUGCUGAAGGGAUAUCUCUUGAAUUACGUCAUAUUUUAAGUUACUUGCUCUGGUACUGUACACAUUAUAGAAAUGAACAACUACUGCAGGAGCUGAUUUUGACAGUUGGUUAUUUUAGUGUAUUGCAUCAGGAGAAUCAGAUGUUCUUGCUUGCUGGGAGAAGUCCCACAUUGCUUCAGUUGCUUUGUGGUCUGCCAUUUGAAUAUUUUAGUGAUCCAAAAUUAGCUAGGGUUCUUUAUCCAACAUUGAUAUCAGCUUGUUAUAAUGUGCAUGAUAACAAAGAAGUUCUAGAAUUAGAUGUAAAUUCUCAGCUUUUGUGUGUCUUUCUUCAGAAUGAAUUGUCUGAAUGUGACCUUGUAACUUCACCAUCAACUAAAGACUCUGAAGAGCCGAGUAUUAACUUCUUGCUGUUUAAAAACCGGUUUCCAAAAGACCACUGGAAGUCUGCUCUUGAUUUUUUUGCUGCAUGAUAGCCUUAUUAUGUACAAAUACUGUCAGUACUUAUAUACAAUGUAUAAUCACUUAAUUGGAGUAAAUGAAAAUAAAUUAUCUAUGUUUAAAAUUAUUUUGUUACCCACGCCUACAUCCCUUUAA